UUUUCACUAGGUUAGCGUGCAGUAAAAUUUCACUUCAUCAUAUAUGAUAACAGAAAAGACAAGACAACAACAAAGAAAUAUUAGAAAAAAUGGCGAGUAAAAAAACAGCAGCGAAGAGAAAGAACACCCAGCGGGCCUCCUCCAACGUCUUCUCCAUGUUCGAGCAAUCGCAGAUUCAGGAGUUCAAAGAGGCUUUUGGCUGCAUCGAUCAGGACCGGGAUGGUGUCAUUAAAAAAUCAGACCUAAAGGAAACGUAUGCACAAUUAGGAAAACUGAAUGUUAGUGAUGAGGAACUGGAGGCCAUGUUGGCUGAGGGUAAAGGCCCCAUCAACUUUACUGUCUUCCUCUCUCUUUUUGGAGAAAAACUCAAUGGCACAGACCCGGAGGACACCAUUCUCAACGCUUUCAAACUGUUCGACCCUGAGAGCACUGGCUUCGUCAAGAAGGAUGAGUUCAGAAGGCUUCUAAUGAACCAGGCGGACAAGUUCACAGCAGAAGAGGUGGAGCAGGCUUUUUCUUUGGCCCCGAUCGACGUGUCCGGAAAUAUCGACUACAAAUCUCUUUGUUACAUUAUCACACAUGGGGAUGAGAAAGAGGAGUCGUAAAGAAAAUACAAAUCGGAUGUCCUGGAACUUGAACUGGUUGAGCUGAUCAUUGGAUGCAUACUGUUGCUUAAGAAAGUGAAUUUAGAUUGGACUGUAAAUCUGUGUGUAUGUGUGUGGUGGUGUAUUUCAAUAAUAAUAAUAAUAAUAAUAAUAAUAAUAAUAAUAAUAAUAAUAAUCAUUAAAUAAACUUCCAACUCUUCAGUCUUGUCUUUACACAUCCCAUAUGUACUUUAUAUGCAAAAACUACAGACAAGGAUUUUGUCUUUUUUCCUGUACAGACAGCUAAUUCAGUCCGAAAUACUAUUCUAUCAAUAAAGGUUGAGCAAAUACA